AUGUAAAAUACUGAAAUUAUUUAGAUUAAAGUAUUUCUUGCAAACAAAGCUUUAAAAUGGAAAUCACUAAAUUUAUUUAGUCAAGUCAACUCCAAAUUUAAAUAAACAUCUUUUCAACACUUCAGUUAAAAUCUUAUUUAAUACAAGGAUAGUAGCAAAAAUGAUUAAAAGAAUUAAAAUUCGUAGGAAUGCUUUUUCCAUUUAAGAAGAAUUGGUAUAAUAUUGAANAAAAUUAGAAAAAUAAGAUGAAGAAGGUUUAUAAAAUUAAUUAAAACAAACUUUUGAAAAGCAUGUUAGUGUUAGACAUUUUAGAUAAUCCAUAACUUAAGAGAUAGAGUAAGUUCUAUUAAGUAGAUUUGAAAAUGAUAAUACUUCUGUUGAUUUUAAUGAGGAUAAAUUAUAUAAUAGAGAUAUGAAACUUACUUUAGAUGUUAUUGAAACAUUUUAUGAAUAAUUUAAAGGAGUUAAAUUUGAUUAAAAGAAAUACAUUCAUUUAAUUUAUCAUGUCAUUAAAACCCCUGAAAAAGAUGUCUUUACAACUAAAGUAAAUUACUAAAAUAUCAAAGAUAUAUAAAAAGAAUUGUUAUAAUAAAAUAAAGGAGACUUAACAAAAGGAACUUAAGCCACUAAAAAUGCUUUAGAAAAAGAGUAUACAGUAUGGUUCAUUUAAAAUCAUAUGAUGGUUAAACCUUUAACUUAUGAGUAAUUACAAUAAGAGUGUUAAGAAAAAGGAAUUGAUGUAAAUACUAUUGCAUAUAAUGUUAAAUCUGGUUUGAGUAGUAAUUGUUGUAUGGCAAAAUAAUGUCCAUUUUAUUUAAUAGUGAAUGGAUUGGAUUAUAAAAAACAUAUUUAAACUUGGGGAAGAAAAGUUCCAUAAGGAUUUCAUUAAUAUGUAAGAUAAGAGAUUUUGAAAGGUCAAAAUCUUGAAUAAAUUAUUUAAUCAGCUUCUUAAAAAUGGAAGAAAUUCCCAAAAUUAUAUUUAGGAAAUGAAGAUGUGGUUCAUUAAUACAUAAAAAUGAUUUCAGAAUAAUUACCUUAAGAAUAUUAAAUAAAGAAUUUACCAAAUCAACAGCUUCUUCACCAUUAAGUUAAAUUAACUUUCCCUAAAAAACAAAAGGUUUAGAAAUAUGGUAAUAAAAGAGGUCAACAAAGAGGUGGUAGAGGAAGAGGUGGAUAACGAGGUAGAGGAGGUAAUAGAGGUAGAGGAGGAAGAGGUUAAAAAAGAGGACCUUGA